AUGGUAGGUGUGGAUACCGUUCUCAAGCCGGGGCUCGAAGCCGAAGCCUGUCCGGUGUGUGGUGAUCGUGUGUCUGGUUACCAUUACGGAUUGUUGACUUGCGAAAGUUGCAAGGGCUUCUUCAAACGUACCGUACAAAACAAGAAGCACUAUCAGUGCUCCGCAGAUUCGACCUGUCAUGUAGACAAAACCUGCAGAAAGCGAUGUCCAAGCUGUCGCUUCGCAAAAUGUAUGGCAGAGGGGAUGAAAGUGGAAGCUGUUCGUGAAGACCGAAUGCGUGGAGGAAGGAACAAGUUUGGUUCAUACUAUAAACGAGACCGAGCAGCUCGUAUGCAACGCAUAGCUCUUCAAGGAAGCGCUGUGCAAGCUAAUCCUGCUACCUUCUACGCUACGCAUCCAUCGAUGGACCACCAAGUGACCAGCAGCACUCCCGAUCAGCCUCCACACAUCCAGUAUUUCGAAGGAAACCCACACAAAGUGAAGACGGAAUAUGAUGGAUUGCUUCAGAGUCCAACACUUUCGAGCAGCACUCCAAAUCAACAGAGUUUUAUCAUUCAUCGGCCGAAUCCCUAUGUUCCUGAUAGUGAAGGGCUGGCAGCGUUAUUGGGUCAAUCCAUAGAUGAUCCCCUCUUGAGAACUCAGACAUUUUCUAUCUACCCUACUAUCAAGCCGGAACCUUUUGAUUACGAGCACUACUUACCAGCGCAACUUCCCGAUUAUUCAGCAUUUCACACACCCACCACUUACUCAACUAUGAUUUCCCACACAGCAAAUUCUGUGCCACGAAGCGCCUCUAACUCAGGUUCGAGCCGAUCAUCCCCAGUGCUCCCCGUUUGUCCCAUUCCAACAGAGAAGACUGUGGAUGCUUUCUACGUCAAUAAUGAGAUGGAGUGGUUGUUAAGGGCACUUCCUGACAGCCCGCGGAUUCUUUCAAUUCUUCGUAAUGUGGACAAAGCGGAUCCAUUCUCCUAUUCUAUGGGGGUUGUGGAAGCAAACCUGAACGAGCUUGUUACUUGGGCAAAGAAUGCUCCAUACUUCCCUCAACUAGAGAUGGAAGAUCAAAUGAUGAUGCUGCAGUCGUCUUGGGCUUCGAUACACAUAGUUGACAUCAGCUAUGCAGUUCUUAAAGGCGAGAUUUCCCAUAUAGUGAAGCUUCCUAACGGUGUCGAUAUUCCAACUGGACUGAUUGCACUAAUGGGAUAUCACGUUCACAUUCAUAAAUGGACCGAGUUAAUUGGCAGACUACACGCUUUGGGUUUCGACAGAUGCGACUACGCUGCCUUUAAGUUCCUUGCGUUCUAUCAGAAAAUUGAAGAUCAGAUUGAGACGCAGCUCAAAAACCCUAACCACAUCUUGAAAGCACGGGAAUCUCUUAUAGCUUCGUGGGGCGCCUACCGCGGCACACCAAAUGCAACUUUGCUGCCCCAUUAUGACAUAUUCGUCCAGAUGAAGACAUUGGCCCAGGCGUCGCAGCACUUCUUGAUGGAACGCAGCAUCGCAGGAGAAAUUAGCCUUCCCCUUUUGUCCGAAAUGCUUAGUCCUCUUGUCAAUCGGGCACUGCCAAACUAUGUACGAUAG